GCACUGCUCCUUUGAAAUGCUGCAACGGCAUUUGAAAGUGGUAGUGAUGUGUUGAUAGAGGUAGCAAGGAGGGGGGGGGGAGCGACUAGUUGACUAUCCUGUCGACUAUUGAUAGGUAAUUGCUUAUCGAAUAGCCAACUAGUCCUUAAUAUCCCUAAUGCUUAUUGCUUAUACUCAGCAGGUUCCCGGAGAAGCAGCUUUGCUGCAGCAGGGCAGCAAAGCCUCCUCCCCAGGAGCUGAGUGGGCAACGGGAGGCUUCGCUGCCGGCUUUGCAGUUUAAAUAGUCUACAUCAUAGGCCACAGAACAAGCUGCCAAGUCUGAGAAAACAAUUGUGGUCUCUGGUAUUCCAGAUAACAUUGUGAAAGAUGAUGUCAUGGCUGACAUACUGAUGAUUCAUUUCCAAAAGUCAAAGAAUAGGGGUGGAGAUGUGCAGGACGUAGUGUAUCCAACAACAGUAAAAGGAGUUGCAUACAUAAUCUUUGAAGAUCUAGAAGUUACAAAGAAUGUUCUCCAGAAAGAUGAACACAGACUAGAGGACAAGAGGCUGGGCAGGUAUUAUCCUCUGAAAAUCUCUCUCUACGGUGAACAUAUCUUCACCUGUGUGUCAUCUGUUCUCAAUCUGUCAAUUUUUGGAGAAAAAUAUGUUUUGGAAGAUCUGGUGCAAGAACUGUGGAAAACUAUCCCAGCUCUCAACUUCAGUCCAUUGCAAUCCAAUGGGCAAAUUUCUGUUCAGGGGUCAUUCUCAGCAAUCAAAUCACUAAAAGACUAUUUGUUAUCGAAAGCAAAUUCCCUUUCAGGAAACAGUAAGAGGGGAGAGAAAAAGCUGGAUCAGCGACCUAACAGUAGGACCCAAAAACAAGGACUCUUUGUGGAGCCAAAUAAUAAAUUUGUCGAUAAUGUAAGCGGGGAAGAACAAGUAGUUGUCCUUGAUACAGAUAUAUACUAUUACAUGAAACAUUUUUUUUACAAGGAAAGUCUGGGAAAAUACAAGGUUGUAAGUCGUGAAGUCACAGACGGUGAGAUCACCACAAUAUAUCUAGAAAAUACCAGAGCUAGUUCUGAUUCGAGAGAAUUAGAAAGAGCCAAAGAGGAAAUUGAAGAAUUAUCUGCAAAACUUCAUUGCAGCUUACGUAAAGAAAGAUUCAACAGCAAUACUAGAUCAGAAAGGCAGAAAUAUAAACAGGCAUGUGAGAGCAUAAAAUCCCAAUUCCCCAAAAUUUUGGUUAUUCCUUAUGAUACUCACAUUGAUGUGAUAGGAAGUUCCUCAGAGACGUAUGAAUUUACCCAAGAAGUGUGUAGAACAGUAAAACGCCACUUUCAGAAGAGAUUUAGGAGGUAGGAGUCAUUUAGGUAAUGUAGGUGAAGAAUAUGAGCUAAGCCUACCUGAGAAUGACAUCUCUUAUAUCAGGGAUGGGCAAAUUUUUUGGCAUAAGAGCCACAUCAGGGUUCUGAAAUUGUAUGGAGUGCUGGAUAGGGAAGGUUAGGCGGAGAUGUCUCCUAUCCAACUCCCUGCCUCCAACUACCACAGACCUCUGCCUCCUAUUUAGCCUCCCCACUUCCCAUCUCCUGACCACCUCCUGGGACCGUUUGCCUCUUAUCCAACUCUCCAUAUUCCCCGCCCCCUUAUUGCACUAUCUGGAGCACCAGGGCAUGUGGCAUUGCAGCUACACUGCCUGGCAGGAACAUCAAUGUUGGUGGCAUGACAAAUUGAGGCUGCAGGGGAGGGGAAGACAGCAGGGGAGAGGUGGAGGGGCUAUCUGUGGUGGCAACAAAGGUACUGCUCUGGUGGCAGCACCUCUUGGGAGACUGGAGAUGUGCUCCCCAACCAGCAACUCCUCUAGGGGGACCCUUAGGCAGAAACUCGGAAGCUGACAGGAGGAUCCUGGGGGCUGGAUGUGACCCACAGGCCAUAGUUUGCCCUCCUAUACCUUAGAUUAGUGUGCAGUCUCCCAAAGGAGGUGGUAGAAGCUCUAGUAAUAGGGUCUUUUCAUAAAGGACAUUUUGCACUUUAUCUUAUAGCCAAGGAUUUCAAAGCACUUUGCAAACUUGAGUUAAUUAGGGUCCAGUCUUGCUCCCAUUAGAACUUUGCCAUUGACUUAAUACAGCAGCCUAAUAGUUUUAAGAGCCUCAUUUUAUCCUUUGUAGCUCCUCUGUCAUUAAAAGAAAAUGCAGACCUCUUUACAUCACUGUGGAUGCCAGUCCUACAAUAUAUAUGUGCACAGGCACUGUCAAAAUACAGGAAGUCACCAAGACAAAAGCCUCAAAAACUCAAUCAAAUAGCAAAUGACCUGUUCAUGUAGGAUUAUGUGGAAGUUAGUUUUCAUGCAGAAUGGACCAGUGUUUCUCAAUCUUUUUUUUUUUUUUUUAUAAAGUAUCCCCUAAAAAAAGAGAGAGAGAGAGAGUACCCCCGGUACCUACAGUUUUCA